UCAUGUGAUUGUUUUUAAUUUUGGAUUCUAACCUCAAUCAAGAAAUUGUUUGAACGAUUUAUUUGGUGAAUUGAAUUAUUUUAAUUAAAUUUAAUUUAAUUUGAACCAGUAAAUUAACUUUAAUUUGAAAAACAUGGCAAGCAGCCGUUUAGAAAGAAUUGGCACAAUUUAUACAAGAGUGGAGGGACUUCUCACAAAAGGAGCAAUAAAACCAGAUGACAGGCCUUUGUGGUUUGAUGUGUACAGAGCUUUUCCACCUCUUGUGGAACCCAAGUUUGCUAAACCAAAACCAGAAAUCAAGCCUAUAAGACCAAUUCUUUACCCUGAGGAUAAUAUUAGAGCGAAAUUUCACUCCAAAGGGUAUGGUUUAGGAGCAAUAAAUAUGAUCAGCCAAACGGAAACACAAACCAAGCGACUUAUACAACAAUACACGAAACUGAGGUCCGAAGGAGUUUCAAACAAGGAUCUAAUUGAAAAAGCCGCAGAGAUUGUUGGUAGUGAGCGACAACUGGAGGCUACUAAGGCAAAAAUUACCGCUGAAAGCCCAGGAUCGGUUUCAGCGAAAGUCCUAGCCGAGGUCGACAUUAAGAACAUUUUCUCUGAAAAGUAAAUCGAUGUGAAUUUAGAAAUAAGUUAGAUUUAAUGUUGUUAUAGAUUUAGUCUUAGUGCAAUGGUUUUCAAUAAAUUACUAAUAAACUUAGUCUCUUAGUUU